CGACAGGGCAAUUGCGGCUAACCUAGCUAGUGGGGGAGAAAUGGCUGAUACCAUAGCUGAUACAAGGAGGCUAUUCUCCAAGCCUCAGAACUUGAACGACGCGUAUGGACCCCCAAGUAACUUUCUAGAGAUUGACGUGAGCAACCCUGAAACGGUCGGUGUCGGCAGGACCAGGUUUACCACGUAUGAAAUCAGACUGAAGACCAACCUGCCCAUCUUCAAGCUGAAGGAGUCUCGUGUGCGGAGACGGUACAGCGACUUUGAGUGGCUCAGAGGGGAGCUGGAGAGAGAUAGCAAGGUGGUGGUCCCCCCUCUCCCAGGGAAAGCUCUGUUCAGACAGCUGCCGUUCCGAGGGGACGAUGGGAUAUUUGACGAUUCCUUCAUCGAGGAGCGGAGAGCUGGGCUGGAGCAGUUCCUCAACAAAGUGGCUGGUCACCCUUUGGCUCAGAACGAGCGCUGUCUGCACAUGUUUCUACAGGAUGAGUCUGUGGACAAGACCUAUACCCCCUCCAAAAUACGACAAGCCUAAGAGCAGGACCACCACUCGGCCCAGGCUACUUCCGGCCCACAACCCAAAGCUCUAAUCUCUACUGCUAACGGCCCUGCUCUGCUCUGACCAAAAACACUUAUGAUCUUCUUCACUCUUCUUUCAUUUGCAAUCCCUUUCUUUGUCUUUUAUUUCCGUUUGAUUAGUGAUCUCAUGUAUUGCUGGUUUUCAACUCUCGAUUGGAUCAAACUAAGAAAUGGUCCCAAUGUAAUAACUGUGGUUGAAAAUUAUUUAUAAUCGGUUUUGUCUCUAAAUGCCACUAACUUGGGUAUUUUACAUUAUGUUAUCUGUAUUUAUCAGUUAGGUAUGUCUUGGAUAUUUUUACUUUAAAGAAAUAUUAAAAAAUACCUUUCCAUGUAUGCAAACCUCAUGUUUAAACCCCAUACAUUACGCACUGUUGUUUCCACUCAAUGUCCAAUUGGAAUGAUUGUCCUCACCACCAUAACUGUGACUUCACACACUUUGUAGAUGAUCCCUGACUCUGAAAAUCACAAUUUGUUCGAUGGUCCCUGAAAAAUCAUGACGUCAGUGAUCUUCACGUCGGAGAAGUCGGAGCUCUAGGAUAAUGCCAGAGAUUCCGACUGGUAAUUCUGAGUUGGAUGACCAUUAAAACAAUUUAAAAAUCCAUUCGGAGUUUGCUUUUUUCAGAGUUCCCAGUUGUCAUGAAUGCACUUAAAUCGGAACGUUCCGAGUUGUCUUGUACCCACCGUCAGUGUGUACUACCAGCCAGCACUAGCCUGUAAAUUAUUUUCUAAUGAGAAAAAAUGCACCACAGAGGGGAACCCCACAGCAUUUUUCUACCGACUGACUGUGCAUGUGCGUUUAUGACGUUUGUAUACUGCUGUGCCAUUUUGUUUAUUUUGAAAGUUUUUCAAUAAAACUGGUCAAAAGCACUCAUACGUAUGA